AUGCAGGGGUAUGCGAAUAAGAAGAACUCCCCAAUGUGCACUGUCAAAAUCGACUUGCGCAAGGCCUAUGACAGGAUUGACUGGGAUUUCCUGAGGACAGUGCUGAACGGGCUGCAACUACAUCCAAAGUUUGUGUACUCGGUGAUGCAAUGUGUUACUUCACCCCGGUUCUCUAUUGCAAUCAAUGGCAGUUCACAUGGUUUCUUCGAAAGCAAGAGGGGCAUCCGACAAGGCGACCCUAAGUCUCCAACGCUUUUCAUCUUUUGCAUGGAGUAUCUCUCCCGCUUACUUGCCGCUCGUACAACCGAUAAUGACUUCAACUACCACGCAAAGUGUGCCAAGCAAAAAAUCACCCAUCUUGCCUUCGUUGACGAUCUUAUGUUGUUUGGCAGGGGAAAUGCUAUGUCUAUGGCCAUCCUAGCAGACACAAUGCCGGAGUUUUCGGCAUGCUCAGGCUUGGAGAUCAAUAAAGCCAAAUCCAACCUUUUCACAUGUGGGAUUGAGAGAAUGGACUUUGAGGAAAUCAAGGAGGGCGUGGAAUGCUACUGGUUACAAGUGUUCCCCCUCCUAGCAAACGUAAGGGACCGGAUUGUAUCCAUCUGCCGUCAAUUCCUUUGGGGAACGAAACACUUUCCAAUUGCUUGGAUGGAUCUGUGCCCCCCAAAAGAUGAAUGCGGGCUAGGAUUCAGGGAUCUUGGAGCAUGGAACAAAGCCCUUCUAGCUCGGAUGUUGUGGAACAUCCAUCUGAAGAAGGGCUCUCUAUGGAUCAAAUGGGUUCACAGCUACUUCCUUCAACACAAGACGAUCUGGGAGUGGACGGCGAAGAAACGGAAUUCACCCCUAUUCAAAAGAGUCCUUGAGAUUAGAGAUGAAAUGCUCAGUGUCCGGACAACAGGAAAAGUAGCACAGCGUUGGGCCAAGUGGGACGAGACAAAGGGGACGACCGAGGCAUACGAAGGGUUCCUCCCUAAAGGGGAACGAAAACUUUAG